AUAGUUGUCGCCACAAGACACUUUUCCGUGCGUCUCUCAUCUCAUUAGUCAUUACCUUAUCCUCUUUGAUAAUCGUAUGUUCUUUAUUUAUUUCUGAUAAUUUCGUCGUCUUCUUUAUAAGCACAGCACCCAAUUCCAGUUGCAAAUCCACUCUGCUCCCACUGCUUCUCUUCUCGUCAAUCUCCAUCACCACAAAACUCACCAACCAAUCAAUCUGCAGCAACGAUACUCUGAUUGUUGAAUGGACUGUUGCCUCUCCUACACCAAUCCCCGAUUCCCAACUCCGCCCGCCGCCGCUCCCGCUCGCCGCCCUCCGAUCUCUCUAGGGCUGCGGGCGACGCGGCUGAUCGUGGUGUCUAGUGCCAGCAGCAAGAGCAAGUGCGAUUUCGGCGGCUUGAACGCGCCGCUUGAGCCGCGCACGCCGGCCGGGAGGCUGUUGAGCGGCGUUUGUCUGGACGAUCGCGGCGGUUUUCACGCCGCAUCGAGGAGGGAGCUUGAGCGGCUGGCGGUUCAGAGGGAUGAGGCGGCGGCGCGGUUGCAGCUCAGCCUAGGCUCCGAUGAAGCUUGCCUCCAUAGGAGAAUUGCGGAGUUCAGACAUCACGAAUGCCAGGAUGCAGUUGAGGAUGUUAUGUAUAUGCUAAUUUACUACGAAUUCUCUGAAAUGGGAGUCAAUUUAGUGCCACCGCUUUCCAAGUGCGCCUAUAAUGGUAGGCUAGAGAUAUGGCCUUCGAAGGACUGGGAGCUCGAGUCCAUCCAUAGCGCUGAGGUUCUGCAGAUGGUGAGGGAGCAUCUAAGAGCUGUCGCUGGAUGCAGGGCAAACUCCAACGUUACUGACAGCUGGGCCACUACUGAGGUACAAAGGUUCCGCCUCUGUGAAAUGUACGCUGCUUCCAUCUUAUAUGGCUACUUCUUGAAGACUGCUUCCUUGAGGUACCAACUCGAACGGGGUCUAGACCUCAGCAGCUCCCACUACGGCCUUGCUGGUCGAGGCCAGCAUCCCGUCUCAGAGAUGUUUGCUGCAGGAUCCAGCUACAUCGCCCAUGGCCGUGUCAGCAGCCCAAGAUCCGCCCCAGCAAGCCCAGUUUCGUAUCCUCUGCAGAAUAAACCAGAGAGUUUGAGAUUUUACAUGAUGGGAUUCGACCACGAAUCAAUUCAGAUGUGUGCAAAGCCCAAGUCCAAGGAGGCGGUGAAUCUUCUUGAGAGACACACCUCUGCUCUAUUCGGGGAUGAGGAGACGGGACUGCUCGAAACAGAUGACGUGCUUACUACCUCAUUUGCGAGCCUGAAGAGGUUUCUGCUCGAAGCCGUCGCCUUUGGCUCGUUCCUCUGGAAUGCAGAGAACUUUGUGAGCGAUGUAUAUAUGCUCGAGGAAAACUAAGUAGGUUUUAGGCGUAUUUUGUGUAGAUGAUAUAUGCUUUCUUGCUUUCAGAUAUGAAGAUGUAUAUAUGGUUGAACAGUGUAUAUAUAUGUAUAUUUAUAAACCUUCUUGAUUUACAA